AUGGAGCAUCUAGCUGUGCACCUUCCAUAUGAGGCAUUGCUUCGUGGACCUGUACAUUACGGAUGGAUGUAUCAGUAUGAGCGAGCCAUGAAAUAUUUGAAGGGAAAAGCAAAGAACCUUGCAAAGGUUGAAGGUUCUAUAAUUGCUGGAAGUUUGACGGAAGAAACUUCUCACUUCACAUCGUACUACUUUGCGUCAAAAGUACGUACCCAGAAAAGAGCUCCAAGGAGAUAUGAUGAUGGUGGUGUCGUGCCAACAUACGCAGUUGCUGGUGUUCCAGACAUCUUUAGCCAGAUUGGGCGACUGGGUGGGAAAUCAAAAGAGGUUUGGUGGUCGAGUGAAGAAGACGCUCAUAGUGCACACACCUAUAUUCUACUCAAUUGUGAGGAUCCAUUGAUUCGUUAUUUUGAAAGCCUAUUUGUUUCACAAGUCGAAGAAACAUUCUCAGGUAUAUCCACAACUGACGUAGACAAAAGGAAAGAUCAACACUUUAUAAAGUGGUUGAAGAAUCAGGUUGAUUUUGACGACGAUGCAGAUUAUCCUAAGUGGUUACAUGAAGUAAUUCAAUCUCCACAUGUAAAGGUCACCACCUCACAGAUGUAUUUCACACGAGGCUAUACUUUUCACACAUAUGAGUAUGGUAGACAGCGGGCGACCAGUAACUAUGGAAUAUGUGUGAAAGGGGAAACUGAUUUCUACGGUAUCUUGACAGAGAUUAUUGAAGUGGAAUUUCCAGGGAUAUUGAAGCUGAAAUGCGUCCUCUUCAAAUGUGAGUGGUUCGACCCCGUCGUCAACAGAGUUGUUCGGUUUAACAAAUUCGGUGUAGUUGAUGUCAAUGGUGGACGAAGGUACAACAAAUUCGAGCCUUUCAUCUUAGCUUCACAAGCAGAUCAAGUUAGCUACCUUCCAUACCCUCGGAUGAGAGAAUCAGGAAUAAAUUGGUUAUCCGUGAUCAAAGUUACACCUCGAGGACGAAUCAUUAGUGGAGAAGAACCACCAUUGCAAGAAGAACAGAUAAAUGAAGUCGAGGAACCUGAACAACAAAUUGAUGACAUUCUUCUCAUUGAUCCGCAUAAUCAUGAGUAUGAAGAUCUUACCGACGAUGGCACAGACGAAGCUGUUGAAGACGAGUUUAAUGAAAAUGAUGAUGUUUCUAGUGAUGUCGAAAAUGUAUCCGAUUGAUGUAUUUGUGUUUUAAUAUGAUUGAUUUUCAGA